CAAGGGGUAAAAGGAGCGAAAUAAACGAGGCAACUAAAAACACAGCAGGUCUGAAGAACAAAGCAAGACGGAAAGGCGGAAGAAUUCGAAGGAAAUGUACGCUUGUUGACACUGAAAUGGCAGAAUGAUUACAGAUACGGACCUUCCUGCCCCUCCCACUGCUUCGGCCUCUACAGACUCUGCUUCAGCCUCUUCCAAUGCGGCGGACUCAUCAUCCCACUUUGCUUCCGCUUCGUCUUCCGCCGAUUCCGGUCAAGCAGUACAGCCGCCGGCACCGAAACUUGUGAUUUCCUCCAUGGAUUCCAAUUCUAUCUUCAGCGGUGGCGGUAUCAGCUGUCUCUCGGGAAGUCGAAAUGGAAGAUUCAGUUAUGGAUAUUCCAGUUUCAAGGGUAAAAGGACUUCAAUGGAGGAUUUCUAUGAGACAAGGGUAUCAGAGGUUGAUGGUCAGAUGGUUGCCUUUUUUGCUGUUUUUGAUGGUCAUGGAGGUUCUCGGACUGCUGAAUACCUGAAAAAGAAUCUCUUUAAGAAUAUAAGUAGCCAUCCUGACUUUAUCAAAGACACAAAGACGGCUAUUGUUGAAGCAUUUAAACAGACAGAUGUCGAUUACCUAAAAGAGGAAAAGGAUCAUCAUAGAGAUGCUGGGUCCACUGCAUCAACAGCUGUAUUGAUGGGGGACCGAAUUGUUGUUGCCAAUGUUGGUGAUUCUAGAGUAGUUGCUUCUAGGGCUGGUUCAGCUGUCCCUUUGUCAAUUGAUCACAAACCUGAUAGAUCUGAUGAACGUCAUAGAAUCGAAGAGGCUGGGGGAUUCAUCAUUUGGGCAGGCACAUGGCGGGUUGGUGGUGUUCUAGCUGUUUCCCGUGCAUUUGGUGACAAAUUUCUCAAGCCAUAUGUUGUUGCUGAUCCAGAAAUUCAGGAAGAAGAGAUUGAUGGUGUAGAUUUUAUAAUAAUAGCUAGUGAUGGACUUUGGAAUGUCAUAUCAAACAAGGAAGCUGUGUCUUUGGUGCAAAACAUAACAGAUGCUGAAGCGGCAUCCAGAGAACUUAUUAAAGAAGCCUACACACGAGGAAGUUCAGACAACAUUACUUGUUUGGUCGUUCGAUUUGAUUUAUCUUGAGCUUAGUUUUCUGAAGUUCAUGGUGCUACAAGUUGGAAAGUGUGAAAAAGCUUGUAAGUUCAUCUCUUUCUCCAUUAUAUGACUCCGUUUGUGGCCCCCACAUUUGUUAAUAGGAUCCUUUCACAUGUAAAAUAGGACUUUCUUCUAAUUAUUUCAGAUGUAGUAUCUUAUUUGUAGUCUCUCUUUGUAGCCAUUUGUUCAUAUGAUUGCUAGCUCUGAUGGAGAAAUUGACCACAAAAUAUGUGGCUUUUUAUUAGCCUUGGUCGGUCAUUAAUGACAUUUAAUUCUCCAUUGCGCAUGUAUCAUAAGCAGUUAUCAACUUGUUCUUGUACUCGUUGAAUUAGAAUUUUCGCGUGAGAAAAAGCAAACUGUGCCAUAUUUAUUUAUCAUGGAUAAUUAUAUUUGUUCUUCAUA